UCGUCCUUGGGCUUUCUGUGGGUCCACUAGCCGCUCUAGUAGGGCCCCAGGAGACUGGCUUCAUGCCACACUCUGCUGCCUCUCUCCCCAGGCUCCGCAAGGCUGGGGAGACAACCUGGAACAAGGCGCGUGUGAUGUGUGGUCGGCACGUAGCCCGCCUCUUGGGGAUCCCCUGAGCUCCAUACACAUCAGAGAGGGAGCAAGAGAGGACAAGCAGACCCAACCGUCUGGCCCCUACGGGAAUAAGGGCAUCGCCUCCUUUGGUGAAGGCCACUCCCUUCAGAUGGAGGAUGGGAACUCCUUUCUUCCUGCAGAGGCCUGCCUGCUGCAGUCCUGCUAGGACAGUGUGGACACCGUAGGCUGCCACAGCUGCUCGCACCCCAGAAAGAAAGCACCCCAGAGCCAAAGCAGAGAGCCGCAGUCACCGGGAGGUGCUGAGAGCCAGCCUGGGGCUGCUGGAGAAGCAGUCGCAGCACACUGACAGCGGCAACGCGGGGCGGAUGAGACUGAGAGGGUCCUCUUCCCUCGACUGGAGAGGAAAAGCCCCCAGCCUGCGAGCUGUUCAGCCUUGAAACAGCCACAACCAGCAGCUGCUGAGCCAUGGCUGAAGGAGAAACCACAACCUUCAGGGCCCUGACUGAGAAGUUUAACCUGCCUCUAGGCAAUUACAAGAAGCCCAAGCUCCUCUAUUGCAGCAACGGGGGCUACUUCCUGAGAAUCCUCCCAGAUGGCAAAGUGGAUGGGACGAAGGACAGGAGCGACCAGCACAUUCAGCUGCAGCUCUAUGCGGAAAGCAUAGGGGAGGUGUAUAUUAAGAGUACGGAGACUGGCCAGUUCUUGGCCAUGGACACCAACGGGCUUUUGUACGGCUCACAGACACCCAGUGAGGAAUGUUUGUUCCUGGAAAGGCUGGAGGAAAACCAUUAUAACACCUACAUAUCCAAGAAGCAUGCAGAGAAGAAUUGGUUCAUUGGUCUCAAGAAGAACGGAAGCUCCAAACUCGGUCCUCGGACUCACUUCGGCCAGAAAGCCAUCUUGUUUCUCCCCCUGCCAGUUUCCUCUGAUUAAAGAAAUCUGUUCUGGGUGCUGACCACUCCAGAGGAAUCUGAAGGCGUCCUCACCUGGCUGACCCCAGAUUGUACCCUUUACCAUUGGCCGUGCUAACCCCUGGCCCACAGAGCCUAAACCUGUAAUGCGCUUCUACAUGCCCAGUUCACUAUUUUUAGAGCCCUUCGCCCUGGCACAGUUUGGAACUGAGGGACCAAAUGGCUUUUAGGGGCCAGCUGGCUGGCCAGUCUGGGUCUGGUUUGGAAGUCCAGUUGCCUCUGGGCAUCUGCUGCUGGCUGAGCCUCUCGAUGCAUGGGUGGGGCCAAAUGAAGUAUGAGCAGGGGGCUGCCAAGUGGGUUGGGAGUAACUGCAUGCAAUUCCCUCUACAGAGUAAACCCUGCCUGAGUCCCCCGAACAUCUGGCAUGAUUCCCUUUCAUCCUUUCAAUCCAUCACGAAUGUCAGCAGAAAAGUUGAUGGCUAGGUUGGAGGAAGGCAGCUUUCCAUGAGUGGAAACAUGGAUGAAGAAAUCCCCUCUCAAGAACAGAAGGGAUUCCAGUGGCAAGGGGAGGCUGACUGGAUUCGAGUGGGAUUUCAGUGCACAAUCCCACUGGGAGGAUCGUGGGAGGCUCGGGCACAGGAGAGCAGAAUGAAGGGCACAGCCUUAGGAACUGUUACAAUGCCUUGACUUCCCCCUGGUUAUUCAGCAGCAGGAAGCCCUUGGAUGAUGUCAGGUGGAGAGCAGAAGUGGAUUCUUGAUAAAAAUCAGGUUGUCAGGUGUUGGGAAAUUCAUUUGGGUCUGGGGAGUGGGUGUGGGAGUGAUAAGAUAGGGGAAGCAUAGGCUCAGAGGAUGUUAUUCUCCAAAAAGGAUAUUCUAGAAAUGAGAAGGAAAGAGAAAGGGACACCAUGACCUGUGUGUGGGCACCAGAAAGUACAGGUUUGGGGGUCCUGGGGCACUGCUUACAAACCAUAGAGCAUCUUGUUUUGACUGCAGAUUAUGGUUCAGUGACUCUGCGGUGGAGUUUUCCCAUUUCUUACAAGAUCCUAGGUGCUGCAGAUGCUGCUGCCUAUCCACUCCACCCCCACACAUUAAAUAGCAAGGUCCCUGAAAGUGUUAUUCAGAUAUAAGGGGGCUCAAACCCAGACCCCAUGCUCCAUGGAUCUUCCAGCACUCAGGCAGUUAUGCUUGAGUUACAGAUUGUGGGUUCAAAGCACUUUGGCCCAAUGCCUAUAAAAUGCCCAUUUAGAAGAUAUACAAAAGCAUACUUCAAAAAUGCUAAACCCUCACAAACAGCUUUUCCCAAAAGGCCAUUUGUGUGAUGAUUACUUAUAUAAAUAUGCUUCCUGCUUCAAGAAAACUUGACCCAAGUGGCUAGCAAAUUAGAAACACCAUUCAUCUCUGACAUGAUACUGUUGCCAUGUAAAGGCCUUUAAUAAGCCAUUUAAACUUACUGUGAGAUUGUACCUUUUACUCAUAUUUAAAAAUAUACAGCUCAAAGGCAGUUAAAUGGAUUAGUAUUCAGCCAUUGAGAAUGGUAAUAAUAGCAUAUGCUAUAUAAGCUCCUUAACUAUCUACUACUUAGACUACUACAUUUACCUUAGAAAAUGAGAUUUCUCUUUGUUUUUCACUGUGAUGUUACAAAUUUUCUUUUGAAAAUGGGGACUCUCGAGCAAUGAUAUAAUUAUGUAUAAAAACUGAUGUCUUAUAAUGAUUUUCAGUGAUUAUUAAUUGAAAGGUAAUUCCUUAGUAAUUGAACUAUUCUGAAUAAGAAAAAUGGCAGUAUGUGAAAGUUCAGCAUGAUACUACAAUUGAGGAACUAAGUUAACACUACAUUAUUAAUAUAAUUCUGCGUUUGUACAGCAGAACAUUUCAUAACUUCUUCUGUUUUUGUAACUUGGAUAAGACAAUUUUAUUUUAUUUUAGUAAGUCUUUGCAGGGAAGUUGGGGAUAGUGCAGUGUGGCUUGACAUCUCUUGACUAUAAAGAUUUGGCCAGGAAAAGGUACCCAGUGAGGAAUUCUAAGAUAUUUAGAAUGGUCCAUAAUUUUUAGUUUAUGAAUCAAAUUCAAGUAUAACAUUGGCCAAGAAAAAUUAAAACUGUGGCUAAAAGAUGAGACAGAAGUCUGUGGUUGCAAAGACCCAAAGCAUUGAGAAGAAACAUUACUGUGAACUUGACAAGCUUAGCCCAGUCAUUACUCGUGUAUUCACGCAAUGAGUAAGUGCCAAAGGCGUGCCGGGCAUUUUACUGGGCCCUGGCGCCCCCGGGAACAUUGCCUCGUUUGCUGCUGUAUUCUCUCCCAGGGCAUUAUAUAAUGCUUAUAAUGAAAAAUGCUGAGGAUUCAUUUCUUUCAGUCAAGUAAAGACUGGAGAAUCUGUAGAUGACUGCUGAAUAAACAACUCCCAGAAACCAAUGUUUUGGAAGAAUUAGCAACCCCCAGCUUGAGAAAAGCCUCUAUCGAAGUGUCAGGGUAUGGCCAGGUAAACCUAACACUGCAAUUGCAGAACCAUGUCAGUUCAGGGAGAUAACCUUCAAAUCAAUAAAAAAGGCCUUCCGAUCCUCUAUGAAGGAAGUGGGUGGCAGUUCCCUGCGCUGUUUUGAACAUGUUCUCGUUCCUCAAGCCUGGAGCAUUCCUGUUGCGCUCUCUCUCCUGUGAGAAAGUUGCGGAGCCAUCUGCCUGUCAGAUGCCCAUCAUGUGGAUUCAUUUUCAAGCCAACUGCUAUGAGUUGCCUGGCAUUCUGUACAAAGCAUCAGGAGUGUAUACGCUUCUGAUUGUUUUCAAUGUGAUGGUGGAGGUGGUGGAAAUCUGUUUCCUCGGAAGGGAUGAUAAUUAAAGCCUCCCAUGGCUAACCACGUGGACUUACAAAAAACUGACUAGAGCAUCCCAUGUUACUGAAGAUAAGGGUCCGUGCUUUGUGCUGGAGGAGAUGGAGCCCAGGUCCUCAGCCUUGUAAAGCAUACUGCUUAAACCGAUCAAGUUCCUGGGGUGCAAAGCAGACCUCAGAAGAAGAAGAUGCCUGUCAUUCACAUCACUGUCUCUCUUUUUUUGCACCUUAAAAAUAUUAGUAAAUGUUACACUUAUAGGCGAAAA